AUGGCAACCACCCGCCUCCGCUCCCUCCGCGCGCUGCGCCCCCAGCAGCGCUGCUUCUCGGUGCGUAGCCGCCUGGCGCAGGAGUACAAGUCCAAAGUCGUCUCAGCGGCGGAAGCCAUCUCGAGCCUGAAAUCCGGCGACACGCUGCUCUGCGGUGGUUUCGGUGUUUGCGGGGUUCCCGACACCCUAAUCGGCCAGGUCCUUGCCACGCCCACAAUCCGCUCCCUGACAGCCGUGUCCAACAACGCUGGCACGCCCGGCCACGGGCUGUCACAGCUGCUCGAGUCCAAGCAGGUCAGCAAGAUGAUUGCCUCCUACAUCGGCUCCAACAAGAUCUUCGAAAAGAUGUAUCUCGACGGCAGCCUCGACGUCGAGCUGACGCCCCAAGGCAACAUUGCAGGCCGUCUCGCCGCCGCCGGUGCCGGCGUCCCCGCAUUCUACACGCCUGCCGGUGUCGGUACGUGGAUCGAGGAGGGCAAGCUGCCGGUGCGCUACAAGAAGGACGGCAGCGGCGAGGUCGAGCUCACGAGUAAGCCGCGCGAGGUGCGCGAGUUUGGCGGACGGAAGUUUAUCCUCGAGGAGGCGAUCGUGGGCGAUGUGGCGUUCAUCAAGGCACACACUGUGGAUACCUUGGGGAACAUCCGCUUCCGAUUGUCGGCAAGGAACUUUAAUGCUGCGAUGGCGCGCGCGGCGAAGCACACGGUUGUGGAGGCAGAGAACAUUGUGCAGCCGGGGGAGAUCCACCCUGACGAUAUCCACGUGCCGGGCGUGUACGUGAAGCAGGUUGUGCAGAGCACCACGCCAAAGAACAUUGAGCUUCUGACUCUGGCCAAGACACCGGAGGAUAUCGAGAAGGCGAUGAAGAGCGGCGGCGGCGAGGCGGCGAAGAAGCGGGAGACCAUUGUCCGCAGGGCGGCGCAGGAGUUCCAGGAUGGGGAUGUCGUCAAUCUCGGUAUUGGUAUGCCGACACUGGCGCCCAGUUUCUUGCCUGAGGGCGUGCAUGUCCACUUGCAGUCUGAGAACGGACUGCUUGGCAUGGGCCCUUACCCCACGAGGGAGCAGGCCGACCCGGAUCUCAUCAAUGCGGGUAAGGAGACUGUCACGCUCAACCCGGGAGCGUCGACGUUUGGCAGUGAGGAGUCGUUCGGUAUGAUUAGAGCGGGCCGCAUGGGCUUGACUAUGCUCGGCGCCCUGCAGGUGUCGGCGAAGGGUGAUCUGGCCAACUGGGGGCUGCCCGGUAAGAUAAAGGGUAUGGGAGGAGCUAUGGACCUGGUCGCGAACCCAGCGGCCACAAGGGUCGUUGUCCUGAUGGAGCACGUUGAUAAGAAGGGCAGGCCAAAGAUCCUCGAAGAAUGCCAAUUCCCCUUGACCGGCAAGCAGUGCGUCUCUCGCAUUAUCACAGACCUGGCAGUCUUCGACGUCUCCUUCACCAGCGGGCUCACCCUCAUCGAGAUCGCCAAGGGCGUGACGGUCGACGAGCUCAAGAGCAAGACUGGGGCAGCGUUUGCGGUCAGUGAUUCGUUGAAGGAGAUUGAGAUCUAG